AUGACAGACAACAAGGGAAAUGUCAAAUCCAAAAGGCUCCUGAUCACCGGGGUAACAGGGUAUAUUGGAUUCAAAACCCUCACUACUGCUCUUGAUCGAGGAUAUGAAGUGCGCGCGGUAGUCCGCAGCGAGAAGAGCAUCUCCGAAUUACAGCACAAAAAUUAUUUACUUAGCAAAAGCGUCAAACUAGGCAAGUUGGAGUUUGUGAUCGUAUCCGACUUUCUCAAAGAAGAUGCUGUCUUGAAUGUUCUUGCCGGGGUAACGGAGAUAAUUCAUAUUGCUUCCCCGCUGGCAAUCGAGAGCAAUGACUACGACUCUGAUAUCAUAAAACCAGCCAUUAAAAUGGUUACUACUGUGCUGGAGGCAGCUACUCGUGUGCCUACGAUUCGUCGAGUUGUGUUGACCUCGUCAUGCGUGACCCUGAUACCAUUUGAAUGGAACAUGACCCCCGAUAGCGAGAGACUCUACACAGAAAUCGACAUAAACAGCAAAGUCACAGGCCCAUUCUCCAGCGCAAUGGAAGCCUACUGGGCAUCCAAGGCUCUCGCACGGAUCGAAACCAAACAGUUCAUGGCUCUAAAUAAGCCUCAUUUUGAUUUCGUGAAUCUCCUGCCCUCUGUCGUCCUUGGACCAGAUGAUCGCCUCAGCAAAGAUACCCAUUCAAUCGAUUCUUUGCUCCAGGGUACUCGGGCGGCUGUCCUGGCGCCUGCACUCUCCUCUUCCCUCAAUUCGCCUUUUCCCUAUGUCGGAGCUCCAGUCCAUGUGGCUGAUGUAGCGCGCGCUCAUGUUGACGCGGUGGACAUUGACCGGAUACCGGGCAACACUGAGUAUAUUCUUUCUUCGGACACGCCGGAGGGGGUUGUGUGGGAUCGUCAUGUUCGGGAUAUUGCUCGGAAAUACUUUCCCACUGAGAUUGAGAGCGGAAGUCUACCGUUGCAGGGAUCUUUGAGCAGCAUUAAGUGGCGAUUGGAUGCUAGUAAGACUAAAGAGGAUUUUGGAUGGGAGUUUACUAGUUUCGAGGAGACGAUGAAAGGGUUGAUUGGGCAGUAUUUGCAGCUGCGAGAGGAAAAAUGA